ACUAUUGCAAUGGCUAACACAUGGCCCGAAGUUCAGCUGGCAGCCUCUGAAAACCGUCGCGAACUAACUCUUCAUGGACAAGAGAUCAGUCGGAGGAUCAAGGAUGGUGGCAUUGACGAAAACCUUUUCGAUUUGUCUCUGUUAAAUUUUCUAGACAUAUCGAAAACAUGCCUUUCCGAUGUUGGAUGUAGUAUCGGUCGACUGACAAAUCUCACUGAUUUGGUAUUGCACAACAAUAACCUCACGUCUGUACCGAAUGAAAUCACAAAACUUACGUCGCUGAAGCUUCUGGAUGUGUCCAAUAAUCAGAUUACUUCUUUUCCUGAUAAUAUUUCACCCUUAACAAAUUUGCAGACUUUGAAUGUAUCUAUGAAUGAAUUAUCCGAGUUCCCAGCUGUGGGGUCUCUAGGAGCUUUACACAUUUUCAACAUUUCACACAACCAACUAGAGAGACUACCUGAAGGGAUUUUCUCUUCAUCUCUUGUACACUUGAGCAAGAUUUUAGGAAACGACAAUGAUAUCACCGAACUCUCUGCAGAUGUUGUUGAUUUGACCCAUUUGAAUACUUUAGAUUUAUCAAACAACAAGCUGGUGGAGGUUCCAUCUGAAUUGAGUGAAUGUGCAAAACUCAAAGAACUUAAUUUGAAAGGAAACAAAUUCAAAGAUAGAAGAUUCGGAAAAAUGGUAGAUCAAUGUGGCCAUAAAUCUGUGUUAGACUAUCUUGCAACACAGUUAAAGAAAGAGCAGGAACAGACAGGAAAGAAGGGAAAAGGGAAGAAAAAGAAAGGUGGGAAGAAAGAACAAGUAGCGGUCCAAGAUAUCAUAAAGAACAUGAUUAACAUCUUACAUUUUGCUGAAGCAGCAGAGGCAGGAUUUACAGUGCAGUUGAAACCAGCAGUUCUGUCUGUUAGACAGUACAUUGUCUGCUGUAUUGUCAGAGAACUUGAUUUCCAACAGUCAGUGAACAUGUUUAAAAACUUCAUCACUCUACAGACGAAGCUUCAUGAUGGGAUAUGUCAGAAAAGGCAGGCUGCCACUAUCGCAACUCAUGAUCUGAAGAGUGUCAAGCAACCCCUUACCUAUGAUGCCAUGUUCCCACCUGUUCUAAAGAUUGUGCCCCUGUUCAAGAAGAAAGAGUCGUCAGGAGAAAAACUAAUGGCUGAUCUGCGAAAGGAGGCCGAAGAUUACAGAAGAGAGAAGAAAAGAAAUACGCUCUCUGGGAUUCAUCAGUAUCUGGAUUUAUUAAAAGACAAAGUGCAAUACCCAUGUUUAGUAGAUGGUGAGGGUGAUGUCAUCUCGUUUCCACCCAUCACAAACAGUGACAAGACCAAGAUUUCUAAAGAAACAACUGAGCUGUUUAUAGAAGUGACCAGUUCCACUAGCUUGGAUGUGUGUAAGAAGGCGAUGGAUGAACUGUUAUUGAAAAUGCUGGAGAUGGGAUGUGGGGCCAGAGCCAACAAGGGCAAUGGUGAUGAAGCAAGUGCAAGUGCUAAGCCCGAAGCUGACAACAGUACCCCCAAGCGGCUAGUAGUAGAACAGGUUCGCAUUUUGGACUGUGACACCACGAUGAAGGUGGUGUACCCAUCUCGUACAGAUCUUCCAUGUGAAAAUGUAGAGGUAAUCAGGAGUUACGAUGAUUGAAAGUAAUGGAACUUUCAUAGGACUCUCCUACUGAACAGAUUUAAAGUUAACAAUACAUACAAAGAAGAACUGAGAUAUACCAUCUGGAAAAAGGAUAUGAUAAUAUCAGUGAGGAUUUACACGAACACUUUCAAUAUCUGUGUCCUAUCACAUACCUCUGUCCAACAGAUAUAAAGGGACACCAGUCACUGUAAAUCACUUAAAUUUCACAUUGGAUUUAUUUUUGCAAUAGUGGUGGAGUCAAUCAUGAAUUCAAAUCCCUCUUGAUUAUUUUCUUCAAUAUCAAUAUCGGAGUCCGGAAGUGUUCAUUUUUUUAAAAUUAAGCGUAUAAGAUUGUGUACCAGCUGGAGAUAUUUAGUUGGUUUGAGUUAAAAAGUUUAUAUUCUUUUUAAGUAAAAAUGUUGAAGUCUAGAGUUUAUUUUGUCACCAAAUAUUAAACAUUAGAGACGUGUAACUUUACAGCCUUUUAGUGCUAUUUAAUCUAUUUAGAAUGCAUAAAAUGAAUUUAUUUUAUAUACAAGAUUCUAUGAAAUUUGUAUACUUGUAGAUAUCCACAGGGUAAUGCCCUGUUGGCUUUUUUCAUGUGUACAUCUAGUUCUAAAUGAAUUAAUCAAAUUUUUCAAUUAAAUAGAAAGUACAUUUUUUUUGUAAUUUUUAAUAAAGAUAAUUUCUGCAGAAA